CUUCUCUGUCCACAUCUGACACAUCUCUCGAUCAAUCUGAAAAUCCAGGAACCGUUAGCCGUCGCUACAGAAAGUUCAAUUCAUCUAAAUUUCCAGCUUCGAGAUCUCAAAAAGUGGUUCUAAGACCCGUUGGAGCUAACCCUAACACUUCUGACUUCUACUCCACACGGCUUCUUGCUGAGUACUACAGAGUCCACUCAUAUUUGCAACCAUUACCCUAUCUUUUCAUAAACCACACUCUUACUUUCCUCCUUUUUCUUUUGAUUACGCAAUCUCAUACGAUGCCACCAGACCAGCUCCUGUUUCAAACGGGUCUCGGGGGUCAUUCCCCCGAGAAUGAGUUGCUCGAUUUCGAUCAUUUCUUCCAGUUUCCGUCGGACGAGUCUGGGAGCGACCCAACCUCGGUCACCUCCAUCUCCCCCAAGGAUCUUGACUUGACCUACACCGAGACCGACAUGUCCAAUUGGGAGUCGCAGGCCGCAUGGUGCCCCGAUGCGUCCCUGGCCGACUGGAUGAACGUCGACGCCUCCCUGGACAUGGGCAACUCGUGGGACACGGGUGCGGUCCUGAACCCAGCGGACAUGUUUCAGCUCCCCACUAUUUCCUCUACGGAUGAGAGCAGCGCGUGGGUACAGGACGUUCCCUCCCUCGGCGAUCCGUUCUACUCGGUGCUGCGCGACAUGGUCGAGUCCCAGGCCGCUGUCGACCCGCGUGCGUCGUCCGACAAGGAGAAGCGCAGAGAAGCGGCCAUCGCGAUCCACAUGCAGCGUCUCCAGGAUUCGUCGCUCGUCGAUCUCAACCCCUCGUCCGACUCAACCACCAGUUUCUCGUCAGGGUGCUCAGUUGCUCCGUCGUCCGCGACUGCAGCGACCACGCCGCCUUCCGAAUCCUCCCACCAGUCUCCCACUCCCGUGCCCUGUGGGGGGAUGGAGAUAGUGCUGGAUUUGAACAUGGACACGGCUACCAAUCUGCCGAAGAAGCAGAAGCCGCGAUCCCGCGCCCAAAAGGAGAAUUACAUCAACGUUCGAAAGCAUGGGGCUUGCGAGAAGCACCGGAAGCAGCACAAGAGGUGCAAUUGCCUUGACAAGGCCGCUGCUCGGGUCGCCGUCACAGACGCUGCGGCUGUACCCAAGUCGGUGUUUGCGGAACGGGGACGAACUACAAUGCGCCGGCGGGUUGACGAGAUGGCAUCGCCGAAUGUACAACUCCCCACGACCGUUGACAGGGUUCGCCGCCAUAAGAUCGUGUCUCUCGAUCCUUCCUGUGGCGUCCCAGAGAUGGUGGCUGCUCCACACGGAUCUCGCAGCUCCCUGUCUCUUCAGCAGCGCCCGGAGGUGGUGAAUACCGGGCACUUUACCCGACACAUGGUAUCUACCCACGACCGGGUACUACCAUUGGAGGGAGUUGGAAGACAGACGGUCGAUCAGAAUCCUUCAGUCCUCCGCCAUGGUCGGAAGAUAUCCGACAAAUCUGGAGGAUCCGGACACCGGCCACUCCAAUGCACGCAGGAUUCAUCGGUCCUUGGACAUCGCGCGGCUUCGGGAGAAAACCCAUCCUCUCCAGCUGUCACCCGAUGCCCCAAUGCCGUGGCCUUCCAAAGCGAUCAAUCAAUGGUCGAAAGAUACCGCCUCCGGCCCAAAACGCAGGCCGUGCGGUCCCCAGCCCUUUCAGCAUCAACAAAUGUUGUCCAGCGAGAAGCGGGCCUCACGAUACAGUCUCUCCUCAGAUCCGCAAGCUCCGUCAUACAAUGUACGAUUCGUGGGCUUGCUUCUGUAUGGCAUUGUCCAUCGGCACUGGUAUCGUUGGCCGUCUAUGGCAGAAUCGUUAUUUUCUCUUCUCGACAACAUUGGCUCACUCGGAAGGGAUUGGGGCUGCUCUAGCCCGGUGAUUGAUUGCGUCUAUUAGCGAGUGUUUUUGGUGCAAAUUUGGUCCAGCGGCUUGUAGCGAUUGUUUUAUGAUCUGGUGAUACCACGCCUGUUUUAGUUAGCAUUGAUUCUGCCAAUAAAAGUAUAAACACUG